CCAAAGCGCGUGUACUUACUCUUGAAUUCCCGCGACUCGCAUUCCGAUUUUACCCUUCUCACGCAAGCGAGCGAGGGAGAGAGACAUUGUCUCUAUGUAUGUCUAAUCUUUUCUCUCUCUCUCUCUCUCCCUUUGCUGUUCACCCGAUUCUCUCCAUUUCUUUAUUCUUUCUCUCCAAAACUUCGUCGAUCGUUCUAUUUAUCUACAACGCUUCUCUCUCGCUCUCUCCUCUUCCUACGUUCUUCCUCCCUCUCUCCGUCUGCAUUUCCCUCCCUCCCUCUCUCUCCCUUCCUACCGUCGCUCCCACGUCGCUUCUCGCGAUCUACCGCGGCAUGCGUUUUACCAGUGGGAUCGUUCCUGAAAGCGCAAUAGUCUUUAGCGCACGUCAACUGUGACGACGUGAUCAGUGUGUUUCCUCGAGAAAGAAAGAUCAGCUGCCAAGCGAAGCGGGAUAAAAGAAAAAAAGGGAGAGAAUUAUCUCCGAAGAGGAGCUGAUAGGAAAAAGUAUCGAAGAAAUCGGGCGCUGAUACGAGAAGAGAAGCGUGAUUACGUCGCUGAGGAAAGAAAAAAUAAGAGGAAAAGAAGAGAAAAGGGGGAAAGGAAAAGAACAAACGCGACAGGCGAGGCGACUUUACGACUCUCUCGGAGGAGUGUCGCUCGCUCUCCGGCUCCCUCCCCUCUCCUUCCCCCUCUCUCGCGUCCUCCCUCGCGAUCCCUCCACGCUAGCGGGAGUCUUGCCUCUCCUCUUUUCCCUCCCCUCCCGUUCGUCUCUCUCCCACUCGCCGCGUCCCUGUCGUCCCCCCCCCUCCUCUCUUCUUCGUCUUCGCAACGUCGUCGCUGGCCGCCGCCGCCUUCGCUCCGGCUCCUUUUCUUUGACUGCGUCAGUACGUCUCCGCUUGUCCGCGUGCGUUUGGUGCUCUACCGUGACCGGAGAGAGAACAGCUCCGCCGUUCUCCGUCCGUCCCGACACCGCGCCGCCGCUGCCGCCGUCGCCGUCGCCGCUCACUCGCCGCCUCCCCUUUGAGUGUUGCAUUAAGCGUGCCCGCGCGCGCCCAACACGCGCCAACAUUCGCCAUUGAUAGCAGCCGAGUAGAAUUUGCGAUGUGUGAUAAUACUAACACGACGACGCAGAGUAUAGCGGACUACCUGUCACAGUUGCUGAAGGACCGGAAGCAGCUAGCCGCCUUCCCAAAUGUCUUCAUUCACGUGGAACGUCUGCUGGAUGAGGAAAUCGCGAAGGUGCGGGCAAGCCUUUUUCAAAUCAGCGGAGUGAAAAAGGAGCCGCUCAUCUUGCCGGAACCGGAGGGUGACAUUACGACGCUCACGGAGAAGGUCUAUGUACCCGUUAAGGAACACCCAGACUUCAACUUUGUCGGGAGGAUUCUGGGGCCACGGGGCAUGACCGCGAAGCAACUGGAGCAGGAGACAGGAUGUAAAAUCAUGGUGCGCGGGAAAGGAUCGAUGAGGGACAAGAAGAAGGAGGAACAAAAUCGGGGCAAACCAAAUUGGGAGCACCUGACGGACGAGUUGCACGUGCUGCUCACUGUCGAGGACACCGAGAAUCGUGCCACGUUGAAGCUCGCCCGAGCUGUCGAGGAAGUCAAGAAGCUACUCGUGCCCGUGCAGGCUGACGGCGAGGAUGAGCUAAAGAAGAGGCAGCUAAUGGAACUCGCCAUUAUCAAUGGGACUUACCGGGACUCGAAUACAAAGGUUGCCGCCGCGGCAGCCUGCGACGAGGAAUGGCGGCGAGUAGCCGCUGCCGCGGCGGAGACGCAGCGUCUGUUGCCGGGCCUAGCGACACCGAUGCGGACGCCGAGUGCUCCCCUAGGUGCGCCUCUGAUCCUGUCGCCGCGGAUAUCAGUGCCGACGACCGCCGCGUCCUUGCUGAACGGCUCCGGGCCACCUGGUUCACUCCUAUCUGCCGGUGAUCCCCACGGACUCAUCUACACACCGUACGCGGAUUACGCCAACUAUGCCGCCCUGGCCGCGUCGCCGUUGCUCACCGAGUACGCCACUGCUGAUCAUUCUGGCGCAGCGGCGGCCGCCGCCAAGCAGCGUAGGCACCUGGGUCAGAUCCGCGAGCACCCUUAUCAAAGGGCCGGCGCUCUCUCGUGAACACACAGAGACGGUGCGAGUACACAGAGAGAGCGAGAGAGAGAGAGAGAGAAAGAGAGAGAAAAAGAAAGCGAGAGAGAGAGAAAAAGCGAAAAAGAGAGAAAAACAGAGCACUGUUCCCGCGCCAUUGCGGAAAGGCUUGGAGUGCUAACAAUGGAUAUCCACUCGCCCCGUGCUAACACCUGGACUCUGGAACAGCAUCCCGCGUUCGAUCGGUUCACCAACCAGCCGACCACCUUCGCCGUCCGUCCGCGUCACCAGCCCCGUUCGUCAAGCUUAUCCAUCAUCCUGUAUCCUCUUAAUGUUCGGAAACGUUAGUUUCUCCCACGCGUCUCGGCGAUCGAUGGAGUCGUCGUCGAUUGGAAUCCGAGCCACUUCGUGCCGUCGUAAUCCGCCGAUGGCACGAAUAUAAUCGUCUCACUUCGCAAAACGGUAGCGUUGCGAGGUGCAUUAGCAUAAUAUAUAGAGAUUUGGGACUCUAUAUACAUUUUAUAUAUUAUAUAUUUUUAUGUAUAUAAAUAUAUAUUAUAUAUCUUAUAUAGAA